AUCGAAAACGAGCGCGCUCGGCCGCAAUACACAGCAGGAACGCGUCUGAGUUGAUCUGUUUGAUCAAUAACAACAGCAGAACCAGCGCUGCAAGCCCAAGACACGAUGGAGCCACAACAGGGACCAAUCCCGCCAAGUACUGGCGCCGCGCCCGCGGCGCCGAACGGGUCGAACGGCGCCGCGCCAGCAAAAAAACAGGGCGGCCGCCAGAAGAAGGGCUUGACCUCAGGCAAAGCCACGUCCGCACCCCCAAAAAGAUUAGCCAUGGGCGGGCCGCCCCCCCGAGCGGCCACGCUCGCACCACCACCUUCUACAUGCAGGGCCUGCCAGGGCGCCCACAGCGCGCAUACGUGUGGCAAGACGAGGAAGAGAAGAAAAGUCGCGCAGCCACCUUUGGAGCCGCCUCGCGUCGUGGUCAUUGGCGCUGGCGUCGCGGGCAUCGGCUGCGCACGAACACUAGAACAGCUCGGCGCGGUAGUGACAGUAGUCGAAGCCAAACCGAGAGUAGGGGGCCGCUGCGCCUCAACAAAGAUCAACGACGAGGGUGCGGCCGUCGACUUAGGUGCUUCUUGGAUCCACGGCAUCCGGAAGAACCCACUCUAUACGGCGGCGUGCCAGCUGGGCUUGCACUGCGUCGACACCGGGGAUGAUGUGGCUUUGAGAGAUGGAGAAACGGGCGUUUCCAUCGAACGCGACUCGGCCGAGGACAAACGCGCCUUCGAGGCGUUCAAUGCAGCUUUAGCAUCUGCAAGGAAGGACGGCGAAGAGAAAGCCCUGGCCGAGAGUCAGCAGGAGGGCCACGUCAAAGCGCGAGCCAUGCCUAGACACGGCGUCGACCAGGCCCUAGGACCGGCCGUUUCUUCACUACUCGACGCGCAGUCUCUAUCUACAGAUACGUUGAAAUUAGUCCAGUGGCACCGGGCGAACAUGGAGUACGCCAACGCCUGCCCCAUGGAUUCGUUAUCGCUACGAUUCUGGGACCAGGACGACGAGCACGCGUAUGAAGGGGCGCACUGCGCCGUGCGGGAGGGCCUGGGGGCGUUGUGUGCGGGUUUGGCUCGACCCUUACGAGAUGUUAGAUUGCAGUGGCCCGUCGCGAAGAUCGAACGAGUGAACAACUUGAUCGUCGUGACCAAGGAGAAUUCGACGGAGACGCUCGUUGCGGAGGUCGUCGUUGUCACCGUACCAUUAGGUGUGUUGAAGCGAGGAUUGGCCUUUGAACCGCCCUUACCAAACUGGAAGACGCAGGCUAUCGCCAGGCUAGGCUUCGGCGUUUUAGAUAAAGUAGCUCUGAAAUUUGAGAGGCCCUUUUGGAGGAAUGCGGAAUACUGGAACGGGUCCGAGAAGAGAAUAGGCAAUCUGGGACGCGUGCUAGAUGUGUCGGAAUAUGGGGGCGAGUUCUUCCUCUGGGUCGACCUCGAGGGUGUCACCAAUGAACAUGUACUGGUAGCCUUAUGUCCCGCGCUCAACGCUGAAAGAUUUGAGGUCGAUGCGGGUUUUACCACGGGCGGCGAGGCCGUGCGGAAGGCGCCGUCGAAGGUCGUGGAGAAGUGCUUGGAAGCGUUGAGGAAGUUGCUCGGGGCUUCGUCUGAUGAGAAAAAUGAGUGGAAGGUGUUGAGCGCGACGGCGACGGCGUGGCGCGACGACCGACGAGCUCUCGGGUCGUAUUCCUUCUUAGCGCCGGGGUGCAUACCGGAAGACGUCGACGCGUUGGCGGCGCCAUGCUGGGGCGGGGUCCUCAGGUGGGCCGGCGAGCAUACUUCGAGGGAGCACCUCGCGACGGCGGCCGGCGCUCUGGAAUCGGGCCGUGCGGAAGCUAGACGAAUAGCGAGAGAGACAGGAUUGUUGUCACUAUCCGACGACGAGGACGAAGAGAGCUGGCCCCACGUGGCCAAGCCGAAACGACCGUCGCGGGAAGCGAUGAGGGACGCGAGAUCCGCGUUAUGUGUGCGAAGCUUCGUCAGGAGGGACACGUCGGAGGAUGUCUGCGCCUUGUGCGGUUUGAAGAGCGGCGAGGACGCCGACGUCGAGGGCUUCAUGGCGGGUCCUUUACUAGCGUUCGAGCAAGGGUCGAGAAUUGUGUGGGUCCAUGAUGGUUGUGCGGCGGCGUCGUCCGAAGUUAGGGUAUUGGAUGACGCCUGGUUCCACGUCCACGCGGCCAUUUCUCGUGGUAGGCGCAUCGCUUGUGCAGCUUGUGGCCAGAAGGGCGCGACUUUGGGUUGUAUCUCGGCGGAGUGCCCGCAUAGUUACCAUGGGAGGUGUGCCGCGUUGCACCAAAAGUGGGAUUUACGUUUGCACCGUCCGUUAGGCUACCCGAAGCGCUCGAAGCACGCGUGCAUCGAAUCUGAUUCAAGUGACGAGGAGGUCGACGAGCGCUUCCCCGCGUUUAGCUGUCUGGCGUGCCGGCCGCCUCUACCGAAGCUCAAACCCUACGCGCAGCACUGCACGGCGCCGUCACUCGAUGGACGGCCUUCGGUAAAACGGAACGUGUCCGCGAAAGUGAUGCAGCGGCCGCUCGGCGCACCUAGAAAACCGCCGCCCUUCGCGGCGCCGCCGCCACCGACGACCGAGGCGCCUCGUCCCGUACCCUUCGGCGCGCCGCGGCACAAUUUAAUGCUGCCGCGGAAACCGGCGCAACCGGCGCCCGCGGCGGCGCCGUGGCGGCCUCAGCCGCCGCCGCCGCCGCCGCCGGACUGGGUCACGAAGCCGCGGUGA